UUCCUCCAUAUACAGUAUACUCCACAGUCCACAUCUACAAAGUUGCACAAUUUGACACUAAUUAUACAUGGCUGCUCAAGUUUCUCCUAACCUGAUAAGUGCUCGAAGAUUCUCUCCAAUUUCUAAUUUCCACCCAUCUUCUCAAUUACUCUUCAAAUCUUCCAAACAAUUUCAUCUCAGAACUCGAAGAUUCACAUCCAUUUCAUGUCAACCCAACCAAUCCUCCUCAGAUUCUUCCCCUCUUACGGAGAUCCAGCCACCCUCCGAACCUAGUUCAGUCGAUGAUAAAACUGUUACAACUUCUUCCUCUGAUACUAGCCUUCCUGAACUUCCAAACAAAGAAGUGAAUAAGAGAAUUGCUCUGCUUUCCACUGUCGCGGCUCUUGGGCUUUUCUUAUCGACACGUUUAGAUUUUGGUGUUUCAUUGGGUGACCUCACUGCCUUAGCAUUACCAUAUGAAGAGGCUUUAUCAAACGGAAAACCAACAAUUGUGGAAUUCUAUGCAGACUGGUGCGAAGUAUGUAGGGAAUUAGCACCAGAGGUAUACAAAGUUGAGCAGCAGUAUAGGGAUCGUGUGAACUUUGUGAUGCUGAAUGUUGACAACACAAAGUGGGAGCAAGAGAUAGACGAAUUUGGUGUUGAGGGCAUCCCACAUUUUGCGUUCUUGGACAAGGAUGGUAACGAGGAGGGGAAUGUGGUUGGCAGGCUUCCCAGACAAUAUUUGUUGGAAAAUGUGGACGCUCUAGCAUGUGGUAAGGAUUCUAUCCCUCACGCUCGUGUUGUUGGGCAGUAUUCAAAUGCAGAGGCUAGAAAGGUUCACCAAGUUGCUGAUCCAAGAAGUCACGGCUAAGUUUCCCCGAAGAACUGUUCCGUUAAAUCGUACUACAUCAGUGUACAUCCAUUAGUUACUGUUAUACUAGCAUUGUGUAUUGUACCGAUACCUCUUUCAUACUGAAGGCAGCUCAUUUGUGAAUGCAUCCGGUCAUGUUUCUUGGACUC